AUAGACAUUUCCUAACACUCAGACUCCCAUUUUAAAAGCUCUAAAACCAACCUUCCUCUCAAAUUCCCAGGAAUUCAGGAUCUCACUUCACGGCUAAAAGAAGUAAAAUGCCAUCAAGUUCGGCACCAUUGUCCACUCUCAUCAUCAUCCUCCUUUGGCUUCUGCUGAAACUCGAAGGAGCACGGUCCCUGUCAUGUUCCGGAUCUGAAAAUUUCAGCAGAAACAGAAUAUAUGAGCACUGCAAUGAUCUUCCACACUUAGGAUCUCACCUUCAUUGGACCUACAGCCUUUCGAAUUCCUCAUUGAGCAUAGCAUUCUCGGCCCCUCCCAAAACCCCAAGCGGCUGGGUUGCGUGGGCCAUUAACCCGAAAGGAACAGGAAUGGUCGGGUCGCAGGCUUUGGUUGCUUUCAGGGAAGGCAACGGCUCAGUUGCUGUGAAGACAUUCCGGUUACUUUCCUACAAGAGGAUCGAACAGGGGAAGCUAGCGUCCGUUGAAGUUGGUAGAUUGGAAGCAGAGCAAAGAAAUGGGGCCCUUACAAUAUUCGCGACUAUCGCGAUACCUGAGAACAUGAAGAUUGUGAAUCAAGUGUGGCAGGUUGGAGCCUCGGUAGUUGAUGGGAUGCCAGCAGUUCACGAUUUUGGGGCGGCGAAUUUGGAGUCAAAGGGUAAACUCGAUCUGUUAAGAGGACAGAACACCGGCAAUAGUGCUGAUGAAGUACUCCGGCGGAAGAGAAUUCACGGCAUUCUGAAUGCCAUAAGUUGGGGAUUUCUCUUCCCAAUGGGAAUAAUGAUUGCGAGAUACAUGAGAACAUUCAGGUUUGCUGAAGCAUUCUGGUUCUACCUUCAUGUCGGGAUUCAAUUCUCCUCCUACUCUCUUGGAGUCGCCGGGUGGGCAACAGGCCUCAAGCUCCGGGCAGAGUCCAAGGGUGUAGUGUACACUUCCCAUCGCAUAAUUGGAAUCAUUGUAUUUUCUCUGGCGACUUUGCAGAUGUUGGCUAUGUUCGUUAGACCGAGCAAGGACCACAAAUAUAGAACAUAUUGGAAUAUAUACCAUCACGGAAUCGGGUAUUCCAUCCUAGUACUUGGAGUCCUCAACGUGUUCAAGGGAAUCGAGAUUCUGGCUCCUCCCAGAGAAUGGAAACUCUGUUACAUCGCACUCCUUGUUCUGCUGGGUCUGAUUUCCCUCUCUCUGGAAGUCACCACAUGGACUCUACUCCUCAGGAACAAGAACUCCAACAAGUCCCGCAGUCGGCACGACGUCGGGUUUAUUAAUGGUUCCAAGGACAACCAGGAACCCCUUGCCUCAUGAAUUCCUAUUUAAUUUACAAUUUAUACAUCCAUGAUAGAAAUGAUCCCCAAAUUACCUUAUAUCUUCAGCGGUUUGUAUAUAUCGAUGAUCGAGUUAUAUGUGAAGUCAUCAUCUUUGUUACUAAUCUCUGUAGUUCUUUCUGUUCAAAAAUCUGAACCGGACCUGUAAAUAAUUGGACCGGUCGCCUA